AUGGACUUCACCUCUCGCAUUCCGACCGAGAUCCUCUGCCUUGUAUUCCACUUCUGUCGUCGCAUAGAUGGUGUCCCAACUGUCGACCUAUUACGUCGUUCGGUCGACUUGGACAGCAUGGCCAGCGACGCUCAGCGCGAAGGACGCGAUGCCACACAUCUACUUGCUUGGGUCAAAGUUACGCAGGUAUGCGCUCGUUGGCGCAAAGUGGCGCUAGAGGACGCGACUCUCUGGACGGACGUCCCCGCUGUCCUUGGAGGUCAAUGGAUGCGACUAUUCCUCUCGCGCAGCAACCAGUCGACCCUCAUGGUAGACUGGGGCAUCAGGAACACACGUCUUCGGGAACAGAUCGAUGCUAUCAUUCUCGAGCAUCAUACAAGAAUGCGCACGUUCACAUCGGAUAACCUGAAGGGCGAUUCCACUACAUUCCGGUUGCUCUGUCGUACUUGGCCCGCCCUCGAAGAUCUCAAGAUAUCGAUCGAGGGCAACCUACCGCCGGGCCUCACCCUUCUCGAUCGUCAUGCUCCUUCCCUCCGGCUAUUGAUCCUCAGAAUGCAAACGAUAUCCGCAAGCUGGUUCUUCCUCGAUCACAGCGUAUCCGUAUUCGGUGGUCUCACUGCCUUUACCCUCGAGUUCGCCGACGGUGCAGAGUCCGAAUCAAUGAGGCUCUUCCUGCAUGCCAUGGCUAGCAUGCCUCACUUACGACACUUGCGUUUCAUAUCCAAGUCCUCGUUCGAAGGAUCGUCGAUAUCUGAAACCCGCAGUGGAUGCCCAGCCGGAGCUUGUAGAAGAGAAUCAAUGCCACUGAAGACUCUGACAGUACUAUGCGCGGACGCAUCCAUCGUAUCUCAUAUGCUACGGCAUAUUCUUCCGUCCCCUGACGUCGCCGUCAUCAUUUUUACUGAUGGUCCACUUGAAGACGGUGAAGAGCAUGUAUCCGGGCCUUUGCAUGGUACUGUGGCUCAGAUAGCCGAGUGGAAGGCGAAGUCAUUCCCACGAUUCCCAUUCUCCGCCAUGGCGCUUAGUAUCAAGGAUAACGACAGUGACACGUUGGUCUCCGUACACAUCUCUCGAACACCAGAGGCACUGGAAAGCAUCAUAGCGCCCCUUAACCCCCAGUGGCCGCACGAGCUCUGUGACUACCUAAUCUUUGCGUUCCCAGCCCCACAACAGUUCCGCAUCCAUCACCGUCAUGCCCCUCUAUAUAUGUAUAUCCUGGACACACUGGUGCCGAGCAGCCUUCGUGCCCUUGUCCUUGACCUCGGCGAAGGGUCUCUCCCACCUGGUCUUCAUCUCUCGCGCCCUACAUUUGCGAACGUCACGGCACUACGCCUGAAAGACUUCCACGUGAACAUCAUCAAACAUCUAGCUCGUACAGACGAAGACGGUCGAUUCCUGUUGUUCCCGGCACUCAAGAUACUGGACUUCCAGGACUGCGAUCUAAUCGGCAGUCUCAUCUCGUGCAAGUUUCUCAUUCGCGACGUCGAGAUAUGGAACGCCCUGCGUCACAUGCUGGAGUGCCGGCGCGAGCGGCACCCUCUGGGUGCACUGUAUCUUCGGGUAGGGCCAGACGAAAUAGCCAAAGCACGCGAGGAGGGGUUCCAGCCGGUUGGCAUCGAUGAUCCAAACGACGUCCGUCUAGCACGAAAGGUCAUCCGGCAAUGCAUCGAUGACAUGGAGGAGGCUCCAGAGAUCAAGAUAAUCUCUCCAGAGGAACACGUGGCAUCGGACGCCUGA